CUUUUAAGUUCCAAAAAUAAGACUAAAUAAUACUUAAGGGACUGUUACACCCUUACUAAGCCCAAACCCACUGGCCUGCUACAGUAACCCGUCACAGUGACCAAAUGUGCAGUGACCAAUGUUAUAGUUACCAAUGACAUAGUUACAAAAUUCAUCCUGUGACAUAGUUACAAAAUUCAUCCAGUGACAGUGACCAAUGUCACAGUGACCAGUGACAUAGUUACAAAGUUCGUCACCCCUAAUCCACCAGUGAGUCAGUGACCAGUAAUCAAAUGCCGCCGCUAAUGACCAUUUCCCCGUUACCGCCGCCAGAGACGAGUACCCCGCUGCCCCCGUCAGUGACCAGUUGCUACCCCCGCCACCAGUGACCAGUCCCCCUCCACCGCUAGUGAACAGUACCUACCUCAGCCACCAGUGACCAGUCCCCCUCCGCCGUCAGUGACCAGUACAUACCCCCGCCACCAGUGACCAGUACCUAUCCCCGCCAGUGACCGGCCCUUUGCCCCACCCGUGACCUAUUUGCGCUGACACCAGAGAGCGGUCCACGACGCCGCAAGUGACCAGUAGGGUCAGUGACAAGUCCACGCCGCCGUCAGGGACCAGUCCUCCACCGCCGCUAGUGACCCAUCUCUACUACCACCAGUGACCAAUCUCGUGCCGCUAUUAGUGACCGGUCCCGCCACCGGCCAACACCGUCGGACACCACCGCCGACUAUCACUACUCCAUCAGUCACAACCCCAUCCUUGCCCCUCUCCUGUGGCCUGCGUCACACAGCCCCCUAGCCCCCCACUAUCCUCGGCCCCUGCCCAACCCCUCCCCAGCCUCAGCUUAAGCCCUACUCCCAAUCUAGUCCCAGCUCAAGCCCUGGCCCAGAUCCACUCCCUCCCCGCCCCCCCUCCCAAGACCUAGCCUUAGCAGUCAGCACGAUGACUAAUCUGCAACCAUCUUUGAUGCUCGCACCAUCUCGAUCUGUUUCCGAAAUCGGCGAAGAAGAGAUCAAGCCCUGUUGUCGUUCCCAUCCUUAUUGCCGUCGUCAUCAAUUGCCUGUCAUCAAUCGUUCAAGGCGGAGAAGACGAACGAUGGCGACCUCGGAGUGGGGCAAGCAGAGGCGAAAGAUAAAUGAGAAGGAGGAAUUGAAGUUCGUAGAGAUGAAGUGUUGCUGCGGUGGCUGGGCGGUGGUGGAGGAGGACAAAUCUGAGAAGGAUCGGUCGAUGGUACUGCUUGCGGAUGGAGGAGAACUGAGGAUGCGGCUGGAGGAGAACGAAGGGUUAGAUUCUUCAUUUGAGGGCAUUUGAGUCCAUCAAUUAAAAUUUGGUCUCUUUUUUGUCUUAUUUUAAAACAAUUCAUAUAUUUGUCAAUUGCAAUUCUAUUAGUAAUAAUCAGGUCAUUCUUUCAUUCAUUUAGUCUUCCCAAUCUUAAUCCCAAUCAACGACUCCCACAAAUUUCUCCCAUCUAGCGCAAGAUCUCCUCAACCCCGCAAAGUGGCAAACCGGUAUCUUCCACGGCUACGGCGGUGUAGGUCUCUUCGAAGGUAGUGGAGGUGGAUCUAUUCGAUUGCGGCAAUUGCCUUGAGGGGUCUUCGAUUUCUGCGGUGGCGGCAACACCUUCUCUCUAGCGCCAAGGGUUCUUCCAUGGCUACAACGGUGCAGAUCUCAACGGUUUCUUAUUACUCGGGAAUCGUAAGCCACAAGUUCUUCAAGACAAAGUUUACUUCUUCGCCGUCAUCUUUUUCUUCUUUGUUCAUAUGUAAAUCAGUCACUAUUUGGACUGUCUUCAUCAAGAUUUGAAGGUCGGUGUUUAAGCCUCUCUGUUUUAGUGACACUAUAGCCGAUGGUGUUGUCACUACGGUUGGUUCACUUGUAUCCGAUUGUUGGUAACUACGGACAUAGGUGUAGCUGUGGAGUCACUAUAUGACAGGAGAAGUAAAGUCACUAAAACACUGUGAUACAGUGACACAGAGGAUAUGCGUCCAGCGGUAAGGUCACUGGUGGCGCAAAAGGCUAUAGAAUCACAGCGCACAUAGGGAUGUGAGUCACUAAACCCCGGAUAUCGAAGUGAGUCACUGAACCCCAGAGAUUGAAAUGAGUCACUGAACCCCGGAGAUCGAAAUGAGUCACCGAGCACUAGGGUAACGUGAUUACUAAAGCUUCAGUGACUACAAUCAGUGACUAAGAAAAUGAUGGUGGUAACUUUUGGCGACGUUCACCGAUGAGAUUGUGAUCUUGUAGAGUUGUAGUGACUGAUUUAUAAAUUUAAUGCAGUGACUAAUUUAAUUACCGUAGAAUGAUAAAAACAAUUCACUAGUGACUACACAUUCAACACCCUCGUACUACUCGUAAUACACCGACAAUCAGGCCGGCGGAGAUGAAAAAAAUUCAUUGUUGAUCGCACUGCAAUAAUUUCAAUUUCCAUUCUUUUGCAGAUUCACGAUUAAGAACAAAAAGAUAUUAUUUUUUCAUCUCAAAUCCAACAUUAGUGACACUAAAACAUUCUUUCAUUCCCUAUAUGGUUAUCACUUAUCAGUAACUUUGUCCUUCUCUCACCUUGUAACUGGACCUUCUUCCCCUUCCUCAAAUAUCUUUUCUGUGAGUUGCCAUAUGUUUUGGUAUCUAGUGAAUGAAAACAAGGCUUCAAAAUAACGGAAAUGCUCCUUAUUUCUAUCUUUCAGUUACACUGCAUUAAUGAUCCCAUUUUUCCGCAUGGAGAUGGUUGUUAACAUAUAUCGUAGCAUGGCAGUUUUCAUGUUUUAAAUGCACGUGGAUAGAAUAGUGGUCAUAUUAUUGGGAAAAAAGGUUUUUAGGCACUUUUUUGUCUUGUAGUCUCCAUUUAGUAAUAUUGAUAAAAAAAGGCCUAAAUCCUACUCUCUACUCAUCUCCAUUCUCCAAUUCUCCAUAUUCAUCUUCUCUAAUUCUCUUAUUCUCCUUUAUAUUUUAUUUUACUAUUUAAUACUUAUACAAUUAUUAUAUCUACUUAUAUAUUAAUUAUCUACUUAUAUAUAUUAUUAUCUACAUAUACUAUAUUGCUUAUAUUUCUUAUCUACUUAAUUUCUACUUAUAUCUCUUAA